AUGGGCAAAGAACAACUUAAAUACAGCAAAAAUUUGAGCAAAAUUAAGCUUACAAGCCAUUCUUUCACCUGUCAUUUGUGCUUGCAAGAGUGCAGCACAUUGUAUAACCUUCAGCAACAUGUUCAGACACAUGACAUAGCAACCUCUUCGGAUUCUUUGACUGAAAACGCACUCAGCCUUAACGUUAGAAGCAUUCCUAAUUCUGAGAGGGAAUUUAAUGUAGUCAAAGAUAAUCAAGAAACAUUGUUUCAAGUCGAUAUUUCGACCAUGAUCGAAGAAGAACAAGAAGAAGCCCUGGGAGAAAAUAUCUCUUCUCUUAGAGAAAGAAUAUUCAACAUGGCAUCAUCGACAAUUAACAGUAACGAGGAAUCAGAUCUCCCUACCCUGGCUUUUGAAGAUUGUCAAUCCCUUUUGGACUUUUCUGCUGCUUCAGGUGAAUGGAAUCAAAGCGUGCCCCCCUUCUUCCCUUUUCAAAAUCUUCAGACCUUGGUUUUGCAAGCAUUUGUUGAUGGCGACAACAGCAUGAUCUCAGUGUCGAUGCUUACAAAGGUCAUAUAUAUCAUCAAUUUGUUAUUUGAGUUGAAGAAAAGAGCAGACGAGACCAAAGCAGAUUUCAAGCUAUCAAAAGUCGGAACUCUGUUGAAUUAUCAGCAUAACAAGUUCAACAAGGUUUCUCUGUUCCUUACCACCGUCAAGAAAGUGACUAUCAAAGCUACUUCGAAUUUGGGCUCAGGAAUCACUGGUCAAGUGAAAACUGUAGACUGUCAUUUCAACUUACCUUCAGAUCACUUGCGUCUUCUCUUGGCAAACCCCCAAAAGGCCUCUUAUCUUUCAGCCCUCCCAGACUACACAGAAAAUCAGUGUCUUUCUGUCCAGCAAGGAGAAAAAUGGAGAAGAAAUCCUUUGUUUCAACAUCCAUUUGUUCUAACAAAUGGCAAAGACUUUUGGAUUGGAGAUGUUGCCAUGCUAUAUAGUGGGCAAUCUAUUCUAAUUGAAAGGUUCUACAUGAAAGACAUGCUUGCUCUCUUUGACAGAUAUCUUGUUGAACAAGACUCUGACAGUGAAGGCCAUGCUUUACAUAAAGUACAAAGCUCUCCUGUCACUUACAAAAUCAAUCACCCCAAGAACUGGUCUUCCUCUGGUGAGGCAUCCUUGAAUCCAACGCACCAUGGGCUGUUGUUCAAGAGUCAUCCUAUGAAAAAGCCAAUGUUCAAUAGUGCCAACCAGUUCAUUCGAUUUCAGAAGGCCAUCAUCACUCCACUUGCUAUCUUUUCUGAUAAUACUUCUGGGAACCUUACAAAAACGCAUGAAAUGUACGACAGUGUGCUGGUCAACUUCUCUGUGAUGUCAUACAGCAUGAAAAACAGACACAAGAAUAAUUUCUUUGUCACAGCCGUUUCCCAGCAAGCCAGAUUCAAGUUGACUCAUCUGAUGCCCGUUCUAGCCACAGAUCUAAAGACGCUAGAAAAUGGUGUUGAUAUGUACUCAUCAACAUACGACGAGACUGUCACUGUAUGUGCUCCCUUGCUCUUUAUCACAGCCGAUAAUGCCCGACAUGCUGAACUUGUUGGCUUGAAGCAUUCGACGUCAAAUUUCUCAUGUAGAAAAUGCUACUACCGAAACCUGUCCAGAUUUGGCUUCGACGACUUCGAUUCUGAGUAUUUGGUUUGUGACUGCCAGCACAGAAUGAAAGAACAUUAUAAGAUUGCAGCCACUGAUCCAACUCGUAAAGAGAAGGCAAUUCCUGGUAUAUUACCAAACGCUGAUAAUCUCUAUCUGAAAACGGAAAAGCCUACCAAUAAGGCACUUAUCCUUGCUGAUCUUAGAUAUAGUCAUACUGGUACUGACGACCUACUGUGUUUGCAGUCCUUUGAUCCUGCUCUUGAUACACCUGUAGAGAUUUUGCAUACUGUGGCUCUUGAAGUUUACAAAUAUCUUGUUAAUCAUCUGUUCAAGGAAGUUUUAAAGGGCAACACUGCUUCACAAGUAAAGUUAUCUGAUUUGCUGGAGCAAGAAAAAGGGUCUAGAGACUUCACAAGAACUUUCAGAAAGAAGAUUAGACAUAGUGGAUCUUAUUUUGACAAGGAGUUCAAGAUUCUGGCACAAGUCUUGCCACCUAUUCUUAACACUGAAUUCACCAACAACACCAAAGUUAGUAUGAUUGCUAAGCCCUUCACAGAACUUGACAUUCUAUCAUCUCUUUUAUUCAUUCGAGAGGUCGAUUCUGAUUUUGAUCAAUAUCUCAACAAUGUUAAUAAUACUGCUCAUUGUCUUGUCAAGUCUUUGUACGAAUAUGAUAUAUAUGCCAACACCAAGUUCAGCUUGACCCUGAAGAUGCACCUUCUGCUGCACUUGAAAGAAGACAUCAAGAGGUUUGGCUGUGCUCUCCACUUUGAGACCGAAAAGGGUGAACAAUUCAACAAGUUCAUCCAGACUCAUUUGGUGUACUCCAACCGUCGUGCUGAUAACAGGGAUCUUACAUUCAAGUUUGGAAAGCAAGAUAUGCUUAGACACUGUUGUGAAUGA